AGCGCGCCCGCCUGCCUCUUUGAAGGCGAGAGAGCGGUAACGGCCGAGCCUGCCCCCGCCGGCGGCACCCAUGGGAGGGUGUGUGGGAACUCACCACGACUCCUCGGGAAGCCUGAACGAGAACUCAGACGGGACCGGAGAUAUUGAAAGGGUUAAAGGAUGGGGCAACUGUGCAGCUGUUUUGCAGUCUACUGAGUAACAAUUCUGAAGCGGCGAGGCUUGGUCCGAUUCAACGCGAUGAGAGGAAACUGAUACAACGAAAAUAAGUGGCUUUAGGUCGUAACCAGCCCUUAAAGAAAGACAAGCCCAAAUGGAAAAGUGACUACCCUAUGACAGACGGACAGUUGCGGAGCAAACGGGAUGAAUUCUGGGAUACUGCACCAGCAUUUGAAGGACGCAAAGAAAUCUGGGAUGCUUUAAAGGCAGCAGCACAUGCUUUUGAGAGUAACGAUCAUGAACUGGCCCAGGCAAUCAUUGAUGGUGCUAGUAUAACAUUACCACACGGUGCCCUUACAGAGUGCUACGACGAACUUGGAAACCGCUACCAGCUUCCUGUUUACUGUCUUGCGCCACCAAUCAACAUGAUAGAAGAAAAGAGUGACUCCGAGACUCUAGAUAUCCCCGAGCCACCCCCAAACUCCGGCCAUGAAUGUCAGCUAAGGCUGCGCCUCUCCACGGGAAAGGACCUUAGGCUUAUGGUGCGCAGUGCGGACACGGUAUAUCACAUGAAGCGCCGCCUCCACGCAGCUGAAGGGGUGGAGCCUGCCAGCCAGCGUUGGUUCUUUUCUGGCCGGCCACUGACAGACAAAAUGAGACUGGAGGAAUUAAAAAUACCCAAAGACUUUGUAGUACAAGUUAUAGUAAGCCAGCCUAUUCCAAAUCCCACACCGGUAGAGAACUGAGCCCCUAGGUACCCACAGCAUUCUCUUAACUCUAUUCCUUCCUUCAGUCACCCCUUGCUCUGUUUAUACUCCUACUGUAACCUCCUUUCCCCCCCCACCCUCAUUUUUUUUAAAGGUAAAAAUGGUUCUAUAUCUUGAGCUGUCAGAGUGAUGCAAUGCAUUGCCGGGCCCUUGGGCAGCCAUAGGAUUUCAUAUUGGAUUUAGUGCACAUUCGACUACAGAAGGAAGAGCCGGGCCUUCCACUGAGGUCAUGGGGGGAGGGGGAAGAUAAAAAAAAAUGUUGUGUUUCAUAAUACAGCAACUAAAGACUUUUUAUUAUCUGGAGAAAUGAUCUUUUUUUAUCUUGUUGAACUGUUUGUUGAGCAUUUAGCAUUGCACUUUUAAAA